AUGGCAACAGACAUGGCCAAACAUAUUUCAAAAAAGAAGAAGAAGGGAAGAGUGGUUAUUUCAUCUGAAUCUACAGCUGAUGAAAUUGAAACCAUUCCAGAGACACCUGAAGUUGAUCUUAAAAAAGAUGAUGUAAUUCCACCCGAAGUUUUGAUUUCCAAGACAGUUUCUGUGGAGGUACAAAAUUCUGACAUUAUUGUAAACAUAUCUAAUAUGGAUAAAAGUGUCACAAUGGGUGAGGAUGCUUCGCAUGUUGCCCGCAAAAGUAAAUAUUCGGAUGUUACUCCAGACACAACAGUUUCUUUAUCUUCACAGGUUAGACCUAUCAUUCCAACAACAUCCACAACCGAUUCUCCUAAUUUUGAAACUAUUGUUCAACAACCAUUCACAUCUUUUUUUUCUUCACAAUCAACUGAUUCACCUACCACUACUUCUCCAAUCAAAGAUUCUUCCUUCAUGGAAACAGAACACAGGUCCGAAGGUUUUGGCAGAACCUUUGAAAAUUUAGAGUUUGAUGAAGAAGAGACGGACUUUCCAGAUCAUAUGCUAAUAACAAUGAAACAGUUCAAGAUAUUGAAUACCAAACUCAAUUCAAUUCUUCAGUCUCAGGCAGAUCUUGGGGGAGGAAAUUUUGUAACAAGUCUUGAAGUUGAUGGAAUGUUGAAGAUGAUUGAAGGAAGGCUUUCUUCGAAUAGAAAGUUGGCAAAGAAGUUUCUACCCAACAACUUAGUUGAUGAUGUUGAAGCAUUUUCACGUGUUGUUUUCUUUUAGAGCAUAUGGUAUGGGCAACUUAAAGUGGUAUUAUGAUAAGAAGCAAUAAGAAGAGAGUGUGGUGUUCAUGGGGUUAUAACACCAUGUUAAGAGGAGAGAGAUAGAGAGAAAGAAUUUGGGCGAUCAAUAGAAAAUCACGUUGCAUUUAGUCAUGGUCACAACAAGAAGCAACACAACUAGAUUCAACAAGAAGAGGGUGGUGUUGAUGCUUCUUAAUGGCAUUGAGGAUGCUCCACCUCAGCAACAACGAGAUGCAAUAUGACCUAUACCUUAUACUCUUAAUAAUAGUUAGAGGCUACGGAACCAAUUUAAAAUUUAAAAUUUUUUGUUUAUGUGUAAUUUUUUCUACUAUAUCUGGAAAUCGGGUAUAAACCGGUUUUGAUAAAAACCAGUUCCGACCAUGUUUUAUGUUAUAUAUUUCAAAAUUGGUCAUAAACAGAUCAGAC